CACACUUCUCAGAUACUGUGUUCUGCUGAUGGAGACAACACAGGGAGAGAGGAGGAGGAGGAACAGAAGCUGCUGUGAACAAUUACCCAGCCAUAGCCCAAGAAUCCUCCACUUUGGAUAACAGCCGGAGAUGAAGUACGAUACAGAGAAAAGCACUUCAAAGCAAUGAAGAGACUCCCAAAUUAUUAUCUGUUCUUCUGUAGCGUUUCUGAGUGCUGUGAGUGUAGGGGAAAUGGUUCCUGAGAUAGAGACCUGGACAAUCAUUAUAUGAGCAUUGUUUUCAUCAAUUGCAAGCACAGCUACUUCACAAAAGCCUUGUUGACCUACACAAUGACUGGCCAACUUACUGAAGAUACAUCAGAAUCUUCCAACUUGAAUCCUGAUGAACUUGAAUGCAAGAUAUGUUACAACCGUUACAAUCUAAGGCAGAGAAAACCAAAAGUCCUGGGGUGCUGUCACAGAGUGUGUGCCAAAUGCCUUUACAAACUUGUUGACUGCGUGGAGUCCCCGCAGUGCGUUAUUGUAUGUCCAUUCUGCAGAUUUGAGACACGUCUGCCAGAGGAUGAGGUCAACAGCCUGCCUGAUGACAAUAAUAUCUUACUGAAUUUGGCAUGUGGUGGAAGAGGGAAGUGUUCUUCUGACAAUCCUACAGAACUGUUGCUAACCCCAAAACGUCUGUCUACGCUUGUAACACCAUCCCACAGUUCCACCAACUGCCUUGUUAUUACUAUCAUGGAGGUGCAGAGAGAAAGCUCCCCUACACUCAAUGCUACUCCCGUGGUAGAAUUCUACAGGCCUUCCACAUACGACCCUGUUUCAAUGCCUCAAAACUGGACCGUGUGGAAUUGCACAUCCUUGAUCUGCCAAACCUCUGUGCGUGUGUUUGUUUGGUUGCUAGGCUUACUUUAUUUCAGUUCAUUACCCUUAGGGAUCUAUUUGCUCGUAUCAAAAAAGGUAACUCUAGGGGUUGUCUUUGUUAGCCUUGUUCCUUCAAGCCUGGUUAUUCUCAUGGUAUACGGCUUCUGUCAGUGCGUAUGCCAUGAAUUUCUAGACUGUAUGUCCACGUCAUAGCUGACACAGAACAAGUAACCCUCUUAACACUGCAGAUUUUGUUUUUCCCAGCUAUAACGAUAGAUUCAUUUAAUUGCACUUUUAAUUAAUAUUUUGUAUUUGAAUCAAUGCAGAUUCAUAUGUCGCAAGUUUCUCUGCUGACAUUGGUUUUAGCUGUACUGCUGUUCUUAUACUAGAGUUAGAUUCAUUACGUCUUAUAGUUGUUUUGUAUCUAGACUUCAAGUUUUACUGAUACAAAAUUAGUUUAUAGACAAACUUGUGUGUCCAAAAAUAAUGUAGUAAUUUCUCUAAGCAAUGUCAAGUUAACGUUAGUGAAUAGAAUUAGGGACAGUAAUAUACUUCCCUGAUUUAACUAAGUGAGAUUAUUUGCUCUGAUUAUAUGGAGCCGAAUGAAUCUUGGCCAGAGAUGGCUAAGUUUGACACUGCCAGUAUUUGUGUACGGUAUCUCUCGUGAUGCUCAGCCAAACUAAGAGCUAGAAGAGCAUCAUGGGAAAUGUAGUUCACACAUGUCUGCACUGGCAGACUUAGUCAUUUCUGCCUUAGACUCUGUGAAUUCGUAUCAUGCUGUAAAUGCUGAUGAUUGUAACGACUCUGUAGAAAUGCUGGUGCUGUCACAAGAAUGUAAUUCUUAAAUAAUAUUUUAUUUCACUGUAUUUACUUGCUUCAUUUUUAAAGCCA